UUGGAAGUUCUUCUACACGAGAUUAGUAGACCUUUUCUAUUACUACAGCUACGGUUCGCAUGAGUUGAGGAAGACAAAAUAGACAUCCCGGGAUCGACGACCACACGGUACCCUUAGCCAACUUUGACUUGGCUUGGGUCUUUUUCUGGGCCAUUUUUCCCUUUCGUAUUUUUACACACUCUCGCCCAACCCAGGGAGUAACUUUUUGACCGGGAAGAGAGUAACUUCUAUUCAGAGAGGCCAUAGGUAUAUCCCUUCCUUUUCCCUUGUUCGCAGUGGAAUACCCACAGCACCUCGUUCACUCAUUGAAAUAAUUUCCUCAUUCCCUCAUUUUUCUACUUCCCUACCUUUAACUCUACAUCAAGGGGACCAACCGCCAGGAACGGUGGAACUCGCUUUUUUUUUUUUCCCAUAUUUUUUUUUCUUUUCGUCCUCGUUCCCCACAGCAGCAGCGGUCGCUCUCCAACCAACACUAAGCACCCAAGCAGCAGGCCUGCCCAACUCAGCCCGCCCUGCCGCCGCCUGCCCUCGCUCUGGUGCUUGCUGCUCCAUUCUCCUCUACCCACACCCCCUUAGCCGCCCACACCCACCCACCAUCCCCCCUCCUCUCCCUCUCUUCUACCCACACAUCCCUUCAUUAACACCGUGCAUCAUCUCCUUCGUCCCUCUCCGUUCUCUUCGUCCCAGAUUCCUCUCCCUUCGUCCUCUUCCUCUUCCUUACCCCCUCUUCCCAAAAAAAGCUUUCUGAAGUAAUUCUCCCCCUACUUCACGGGCUCUCUUUGUUUUUAUAUUUUUAUUAUUAUUUACGUCUACGCGUCCAAGGGACAGGUCUUUCUUUGCGCAGGACAACGGAGGCAGGACCCUCCCCUUCGUUCCUUCGAGAUCUUCAUCACGCUCUCUAAAGCCGUGCUCCAUUGCUUUUUGCCUUUCGCUAUUUUAUUUUUCAUUUUUUCAAAAAAAAAAUCCUUCGUUUUUUUAAGAAAUCCUGCCUGGGCUAGAUACUACGCGGCAGCCGCUCGAGACUUACUCCAUCCUGAGCAUUUACCCCUCUUUAGCCCUUCACCAUCCUGCAACCACAACUGCAGCCCAGAAUUCGCAACAUAUUCCGCCAAAAAUUUAUCACAGUGCCGGCCGCUCCAAGGCGUGACCGCAAUAAUCAUGGCCCACCUAAUGUAUAGCCAGCAUCACCUCGCGAAUCAGAAGCCUGAAACUUUCAUGCUCUCGACUGAAGCCCAACAGUCAUUACCUCAGGAUGCUCAAGUAGCUCUUCAGCAAGUUGAUAACUUGAAAUACUUUCUCAUUUCUGCCCCAGUCGACUGGGCGCCUGAUCAAUACAUAAGGCGGUUUUUAUUACCGACAGGCGAAUACGUAUCCUGUGUCUUAUGGAAUAACCUUUUCCAUAUCUCGGGUACCGAUAUCGUAAGAUGCUUGUCGUUUCGCUUCCAGGCGUUUGGCCGACCGGUGAAGAAUUCAAAAAAGUUUGAAGAGGGGAUUUUUUCCGACUUGAGAAACUUAAAGUCUGGGACAGACGCGUCGCUGGAGGAGCCUAAGAGCCCUUUUCUCGACUUUCUUUACAAAAAUAACUGCAUUAGAACCCAGAAGAAGCAGAAGGUAUUCUACUGGUAUAGUGUUCCUCAUGAUCGCCUUUUCCUAGAUGCGCUGGAGCGUGAUCUCAAGAGGGAAAAGAUGGGACAGGAAGCUACAACGGUUGCUGUUAGCGAACCGGCUCUUUCAUUCGAAUUCGACUCGUCGCAGUCGCUUUUUGAGCAACUCACAAAGGCGCAGCAGGCGAACUCAUCUUCAUUUUCUGCUCAUGCUUCUUACUCCUCUUCUACCUCCCCUGUGAUGCGCGCUAUGGAUUCAAUGCCGCCGCCACAGAUAAUACCCCACUCAAUGCCCGUUGUACAUGAAGAUAUGGGCCAGAUGGGUUCGUAUCCUCAGAUACCGAUGUCCCUUCCGGCUCCGGUGAAAAGGGAAGAUGAAUUUUCGGUAGGACCCUAUUAUCCGUCAGACAGGACGGGAAUGCCGCUAUCGAGGCCGAUGCAUCAGCGAACAGUGUCAAUGCCGAGCUAUUUGGAGUAUUCCCCGGCUCCGUCGUUUGCUCCGUCAGAAGAUUAUAGUGCUCGAGGUAUCUCGUACGAGCCUGUUACUCCCCCCCAGCAGAUGGUACAGCUUUCUGAGCCUCAUUAUCUUGCCCAUGACGGCAAUGUGUAUAAUACAUUGCCCGAUCAUACUGGGGCUAAUGCACUCCAUGGCAUGAUCCAGCUUCCUUUGCCUCCCGUUAGCGGCGCCCCUCCCUUCAACUCUACCCCGCGCGCAUAUAGCAAUAAUGUAUACUCGGUUAUCGAGGGCUCACCCACAUACAAGCAGCGUCGAAGACGAUCAUCCAUCACCCCCGGAGUCAGUUCUUUGGCUCACGCCACAAACGCUGCUACCGGUCACACGCGCCGGGCGAGUGAUCAUCUAAGACGUUCAGCAACAGCUUCUGUCGUUCCCAUGUCGGAUCAUGGUAGUGAUUCUGAUUCACCUCCAGUGAACAUGGGUAUGCAGAUGCCCCCCCGAGAAAUUGUUGAUCUAUCGCGGCACGGUACACCGCUUUCCUAUGUAGAAGACCAUAGUCCGGCUCCCCAUUCUUCAAUGAUCCAGCAGCAGCAUGAGGACAGCUCGUUACCCCCUACAUCGAAUUGUGACCAGUCAGAAUAUGGUGCUGGGUCCGAGAUUAAGCGCCCUGGCGCAAUAAGACGUGCCAAGAGCGCUACUGUGAUGGAAGUUGGACCAUACCCCCAGAAAUCGCACUCAUGUCCUAUCCCGUCUUGUGGGCGGUUGUUUAAGAGAUUAGAGCAUCUUAAAAGACAUGUGCGCACCCAUACACAAGAGCGGCCUUAUAUUUGCAAUCAUUGCAACAAAGCCUUCUCCCGAUCAGACAAUCUAGCCCAACAUCGUCGCACCCAUGACCGCGAUGGUACGUCGGGCAACGCUGAAAACUAUUCUGGCAGUUACAGCGAAGAGGAUCUAGAAAACGAAGAGGACCAGCUCCAGACCAUCGAGGACGUCUCAGAGACUUCGGAGCACAGCAACUACAUGCCACAACAAAUGCCAAUGACGGGGAUGCCCCCAUCUAUGCCUGCUCCAAGUACACUGAUGCACCCCUUGAUGCAACAAAUGGGAUGAUUUUAUGAAUGUCUUUUAAUUGCUUUCUUCUGCUUACUCCGCUCCGCAAUGACCUGCGUUUUUUUUUUUUUUGUUUUGGGGGAGUAGUGAUACACCAUUGGAUGUCUUUUUUGCGGGCUUAAAGAAAAUAUUGGUAAGGGAUGGUUGGAAUGCUCUAUUGUGUGGAUAGGAUAGGCGUGACCCCUUUUUUUUUUCAUUUUUUUUCAUGCUUCUGGAUAAGACGUGCACUUGGAUCCUUUCACCUUUUUGGUUUACCUUUUCUUGACUAUUAUUUUUUUUAUAUUGAUUCGUGGUUUUCAUUUUCCAUUCUCCUUAUUUUUUAUUUUUUUAUUCUUAUCUAUCGGUUGGUGCUGGUGAGGGGGAAACAGUGGGCAAAUUAGGCUUUCUUUUUAUUUUAUUUACAUAUUUGUAUUUGAAGGAAGGAAGAAAAGAUAGGUAGUCUCUGGAGGAGAUAGUAAAGGUGGGAUAGGAGAUGUAUAUCUUGUUCUUUUCUUUUCCUCUUUUAUUUUAUAUAUAUCGGGAAGAUACCAUCACAAACAA